AUGCGAGCUGUGCUUCCGGGAAAGCCACGGCGGAAGCUCCAAGCUGUCUGUACUGGCUACUGGGACGACAGACGACUCAUUGCAUACAUCACUGGAAAUGCUUUUGUUAUCCUUACUGCACCGAAUUUCAUCUUACAAACGAUCUACGACGAUGACGACGAGUAUCUCGAUGCCAUUGCCAUUGAUGAAGCAACUGGAAAGAUAGCAACAUGUACAGGAUCGACUAUUCGUGUCUAUAAGCCUUAUGGUCAAGGAGAGGAUGCCCUGAAGUGGUCUUUACAACAUAGCUUCUCCAUCAUCGAACCUGCGUCAGAUUCCGCAACGACAUUGUCGUGGGGAGUAGCAGAAGAGCUUCUUGUGGGAGGGGUGGGGCUGACUUUAUACUCGACUUCGGACACGCCGUCAACAGUCUGGAAGCAGCAGCUAGCUAAUCCCCUCAAACUUGCCAAUUUCUCCUACGACUCAGCGUAUAUUGCUUCGACAGGGAAGUAUGAUCGCCUUGCAAAGAUAUGGAGGAGGCUAUCCUUUGGCUCGGACGAUACACGCUUCGAUUUCAGUUACCUCCCUCACCCAGCCACGGUGACGAGUAUACAUUGGAGGAGGCCGUACCAUGUGGAGCAGACAAUUGAGAACGUCCUUUAUACGAUAUGUGCAGACAAUGUGGUACGAAUUUGGGCCGCAACUGAUCCCCACGGCCUACAAAUUUUGCAGCUUUGGGCGCAGAUUGACUUGAGAGAGUCGAUACAACCUCGAGGGCCGGCUCUCAAAGAGAGCUCCAAUAUCCGGUUUGCAUUUAUAAUAGACAGCAGAGAUUUCAUGCUAGCUACGGAGCAUGCCGUUCAAGAAAAGACGUCGGCAGAAGACGAGGACCAUGCCCUGGCACACCUGGUUGAGGUUGCUAAUCGUAACCCAGAAGUCUGUAUCGUUUUCGAUGAAGCCAGCCACAUGUCCGCUUGGGGUCUUGAAAAUGUUGGAUGUAAAGCUCGGCAAACAGCAAAUAUUUUCAACGUUGCACAUGUGGACAGUGUAGGUUUAGGCCUACCAAAAGACCUCGACGAUGAGGCAGCUUAUAUCCAAUUUUACAAUUUCUGCAACAAGUCUGGUGGGGGGCUGAACCUCUUAAUUCAUCACUUCGACGGGAAAAUUGAGUUAUUUGAGAGUAAUGUGGCUGAUUUGUUUGACCCUUCGCCAAGAGCCGAUCGUUUCGUAGCCAAAGGUAUUUGGACUGGGCAUACUUCAAGCAUCAAGAAGAUCGUGCGAAAUGUCAGUGGUCGAGCUGUUGUUUCGCGUACGGACGGCAAUGAAAGCAUUAUCUGGAAGCACAUGGAUCAUGAAAAUGGAACCUCGGUAUUCAGACAAAGCAUCAUCACAGAACAAGAGCAUAUCCACCGGAUAUGCGUGAUGAGAAAAGGCAAUUUUGUCAUCUUCUUGCAUCAUAAGAGAAUUUCGUUAUGGGACACUCGGUCUUUUCGGGGCCAACUGCUCGCCAGCUGCGAUUACGAGGUCAUCGGCAAGCCUCUUUGCAUUUUGAUGUUGCCGGAAUUAGUGAAAGAAGGCCCUGUUGCUCAUGUUGCUACAAUCACGUCGAAAAUGCGAGGCAUCGUUUGGGAAGUUCAACUGCCCCAACGCCGCGAGAGCACAGCUCAAACAAACGGAUAUCAUGAAACCUGUAUCCGAGAAUUCUGCCGAUUUGACCUUGGGUACUCGGAUGAUUUGUCUUAUGUUCUUCCGGUUGAUCCAGCUGGGUCGCCACCCGUUAUCUCGGGGUUUCUUGAUACUUUCGCCAGAGACAUUGCUAUCUCUUAUACACACUCUGGAGUCCUUCGAUCUUGGACUGCCAGGAUCGAUCUCGGAGCAAAGAAGGUAGACUGGCUGCAGACUUGCUCAGUAGAUACCGGUAUAUGCGAGCCAGCGUUAGCCAGCGGCAGUUCGAUACGAAAGGCGGCGCUUGUGAACUCCAAUAGAUCCGAAUUGACCAUAUGGGAUGUCAGAGGCGCCCAGUUGGAGUUUGCUCAAGAUUAUGAAUCACAGGACACGAUUCAGGACUUAGAUUGGACAUCCACCCCAGAUGAUCAGUCUAUUCUUGCUGUGGGCUUCCGAUUUCGAGUGGUCCUCCUCGCUCAAAUGCGGUAUGACUAUCUCAACAAAGGCCCUGCCUGGGCAUCAAUCAGAGAGGUCAAUAUCCGCGAUAUGACACCCCACCCAAUCGGAGAUUCGACAUGGCUGGGCGGAGGGAAUCUCAUCAUAGGUGCGGGCAACCAACUUUUUCUCUACGACAAAGAGGUUGAUACUUCUACCCCCGUGGUGACGGAUCUUGGGCUUCCGCACCGUAAACGAGGAUGGGAUCUUUUCGAAGUUGUCACCAGGCUCAACGGUCCUCUGCCUGUGUACCAUCCGCAAUUCUUAGGUCAAUGUACUCUUGCUGGUAAAAAUGUGCUAGUUCAGCACAUCCUUCUCGCCCUUUUCAAGACACUGAAAUUCUACGUCGAGGGAGAUGCCUUGGAAAAUAAUCUUGGGAUGGAUCUCGAACAAUUUUACACCCCAAGUGAUGUAAGUCAACCCACCAAGUUUCGUUUGUGCCAGUCUGACUUCAACAGACAAUAUGACGAAGAAGAUAUUGAGACCGUUACGGCAGGUGUUGCAUCUGCCAUAAACGAGAAACUCACCAAGAUUGCCCUACCACAGCUGUCGAGACAGGAGCAAAUACACUUGGCAGAUAUUGUCGAGUGCGUUGCAAUCGUUGAGAAACAGCGGCGCUCCAUGGACGACAAUGCCGCUAGGUUCAUGCUAUCGUUUCGCCAACAUGUUCUGCGUCGAGGCCGAGCACAUGAAGUGCUGUUGUCAUGGAGAGAAAUCAAUUGGGCGUAUCACAGCAACAGUCAAGAUAUUCUUGUAGAUAUGGUAUCACACCAGUUCCAUGGUAAAGUGCUCUGGGAGCAUGCCCGCGAGAGCGGCAUGUUCAUGUGGAUGACCGACACGACUGCUCUCAAAGCCCAGUUCGAGAUCAUCGCUCGGAACGAAUACACGAAAACUGACAUGAAGAAUCCAGUAGACUGCAGUUUAUUUUACCUUGCUCUAAAGAAGAAGACCGUGCUACAAGGUUUGUGGCGUAUGGCUGCUUGGAAUCGAGAACAAACUGCCACCGUAAGACUUCUUUCGAAUAACUUUCAUGACAAGAAGUGGAAGACCGCUGCGCUGAAAAAUGCUUACGCCCUUCUUGGGAAACAUAGACAUGAGUAUGCUGCUGCAUUCUUCCUGCUGGCAGAUUGUCUGCGAGAUGCCGUCAAUGUGAUCCUGAAUCAGCUCAAGGAUCUUCAGCUAGCGAUCGCUGUUACGAGGGUCUACGAGGGAGAGCGAGGGCCCAUACUGAAAGAGCUGCUCGAGGAUAAGGUUCUUCCGCUGGCUGCGCAAGAAGGCAAUCGAUGGUUGGCAUCAUGGGCGUUCUGGAUGCUCCACAGACGAGACAUGGCAGUACGGGCCUUAAUAUCCCCCGUCUACACACUACUUGAGACACCUCAAUCUCCAGAUCUGCAAGCCAAGCUGUUCCUGACCGACGACCCGGCGCUGGUCGUGUUGUACUCUCAACUCCGACAGAAGACCCUUCAAACUCUGCGUGGCGCUUCAAAAGUCACUCCGAAAGUAGAAUGGGCUUUUGUGCUGCAUAACGCUCGGCUAUACGAUCGCAUGGGUUGUGAUCUCUUGGCUUUAGAUCUCGUCCGCAAUUGGGAGUUCCUUCUCCCCGCCCCUACGAUCUUCAAGAGCUUGGGGGGCCCGAACCCAUUGUCCAUGCUUCGGAGGCGAAGCUCACUUGUCGUGGCUGAUUUACCCACGCCGCCGAGGCUGUCAGUAGAUGGAAGACACAGACCACCUUCUAGUGUGUUCGAAGAGCCCGAGUCAAGCUCUUUAUUGGAUAGUUUCGGUUUCUGA